UACUUGUGGCUCCGUUGGUAUGAAAGGCAUGGAGGAAAGUGGCAACGAGCUGAUGCAGCAGUUACGGGGGAACCCGUUCUUGCCCCGCUUGAAACAACAACAGUAUUCCAGCAAUGCCGCGGAGGCCGGCAAAUUCCUGUUCCCCGCCCCUCGCUUGCCGCCGAUGGCUCACCAAUUGCCCCCGGCCGGCCACCUCCACUCCCACUCCCGCUCCCAACCGACCGUCUUCUCCCUCGACUCCCUGCAGUCUCCGAGCUGUAACGUCGACUCCACGCCGACCGCAGAUGUUUCCAUGGACGAGCACCACGUUCGCAGCUCCCACUCCCCGCCGCUCCCGCCCUGUAACGCUGCAUCCUGCGCCGCCGACCUUGCCCGGACCAAGGAAGGCCCUCCACCCCGCAAGGCACAUAGGCGCUCGCAGAGCGACGUCCCCUUCGCCUUCCUUUCGCCGUCUCAGCCCGUGCAGGCCGAAGAUGCCGCUCCCCUCGCCGCGGGGUUCCUGGACUCUGCUAAGCUGACGGCGGCCGCAGUGAAGGUGGAGAUCGACUGGAACCGCGGAUUGGACGCCGCUGGUGUCACGGGCGACGACUUGUUCAACGCUUACAUGAAUCUCGAUGGCCUCGAUGCGCUAAAUUCUUCCGAGGACAAUCACGAGGAUUUUGACAGCAGAGACAGCGGAUCCAAGACGAAUGCUGCUGACAGUAGCGAGAACGAAGCAGAUAGCAACGUGAAGGAACACACUGGUGGCAGUUGUAGUGUUGGACUCCGCGCAAAUGAUGCCUCCAGGAAGGAAGGGUUAAAACGAAAUGCUGCAGGUGAUCCUGCUCAGGUCAUGGCAGCUUCUAGGCACAGUCGGAGUCUUUCGAUGGAUAGUUUCGUGGGCAAGUUCAACUUCGUGGAGGAGCCGCCAAAGCCGCUGCCUUUUCCCGGAUCACGAGCGGGGCACGCGGCGCCGAACACCUUCAGCUUGGAGUUUGGCAACGGCCACUUCAGUGGUGUCGAGAUGAAGAAGAUCAUGGAGAACGAGAAGCUGGUCGAGAUGGCAAGGACCGAUCCUAAACGUGUCAAGAGGAUAUUAGCCAACCGGCAGUCUGCUGCGCGUUCCAAGGAGCGUAAGACGAGGUAUAUAGCAGAGCUGGAACAUAAGGUGCAGGCAUUGCAGACAGAAACCACCACUCUGUCAACACAGCUGACUUCAUUGCAAAGAGACUCAGCUGGCCUCACAAAUCAGAACACUGAGCUGAAGUUUCGCCUUCAGGCUAUGGAACGACAGGCACAAUUGAGAGAUGCUCUAAACGAGGCUCUGACUGCAGAAGUCCAGCACUUGAAGCUUGCUGCUGCAGGACUGACCGAUGCUCAUUCUUCAAACAGCUUAAAUCCUGGAGAAACAUCAGUCAAUCCUCACAUAUUUCUACUGCAGCAGCAGUAUCCCACUCCGGAAACCACAGAUCGAGGCAGUCAUGGAUUCCAGUUCAGAUCAAUAACUUGACCAUGUAGCGUAGAGAAGAGUUUAAUCGGUUGCUUGUUUAGCUAUUUCUUCAAGCAUUUCUGUGAAUGAAGAUUCACGAUGCUGGAUGUGUUUACUCAGGACAUCUGUUUCGGUCUGGUGGAUUGGGGACAUGAAGUUUAUUCA